CAUGCGGUGUGGUGACCUUUGACAUCCACAUGUGCGUGCACGAACAAAUUUCUGUCGGUUUUUGUGUUAAAAUUCCUUCCCUAAAACCGCCAAAAUGAAGAAAACAAAUGCUUCCGAUACAUCAGAAGGACCCGAUUCCUUUGUGCAGCUGUGCCAGGAGUUUUCGGUGAGCGGUUUUACCGCCGUGCCGGUGAAAUUCAGCUCCGGGUGCCAGUCGUGCCAGCUUCUGUACUUGAAGCCGCACCAAGUCCGUGGGACAGACGACAUCAGACCGGCAGGAAGAACUCUGUUUGUACUAAACGUACCGCCUUACUGUACCAAGGACUGUCUACACAGACUCUUCUCAAGAUGUGGGAAGGUGGAGGCCGUCAAUUUCUGCAAGCGCCCGGGAGGACAGAUCUACACAGACGACCCGAGCACGUUCUUCCCAACAUCGCAGGAAAUCCGAACAUUUAAAGUCGCGUAUGUCGUGUUUGAGAAGCCUUCGGGUAUGAAGAAAGCUGCGGGGCUGAAGCUGUCUGAACCGUUCGUGUUGUCAACCAGAGAACAGCCUGUUGUCACCGGUAUGAAGAAAUGGUGUCAGAAGUACACACAGGACAGGCCUGAUGUGGGACAGUUACAGAGUGAGCUGGACAGUUACAUGGUGGACUAUGACAAGCGCAAACAGGAGGAGCUGGAGAGAGAGAAGUCCCGCGGGGAGGAACCAGACGAGGAAGGAUGGAUAACGGUCACCCGUCAUGGCCGAACCCCCGGCGCACCGCGUACAGAAGCCAUGGAGAAAAAAGCGCUGAAACGGGAGAAGAAGAAACGGUCGCGGCGGGAGCUGAUGAACUUCUACACGUUCCAGAUCCGAGAGUCCAAACGGGAACACAUCGCACAGCUCAGGAAAAAGUUUGAAGAAGACAAGGACAAGAUAGCAACAAUGAAGGCAAACAGGAGGUUUAGACCAUACUAGCUGUUUAGGUAACAUGUCAAAUACUGUGGAUAGUGAAAUAUUUCCAGCUAUUUUAUGUUCUUACCAUGUCACUACUAUCUCAUCGCACAGCUCAGGAGAAAGUUUGAAGAAGACAAGGACAAGAUAGCAACAAUGAAGGCAAAUAGGAGGUUUAGACCCUACUAGGCUGUUUAUAAGCAUGAUACAAAAUGAUAAAACAAAAUACUGAAAAUUGUGAAAUAUUCACAGCUGUUUUAUUUUGCACAGUUAUUGCAGUGAGUUUUCACCACAAUUUCAUCCCACCUGCAACUCAUGCCUUGCAUUACUACGGUUGUUUCAAUUGAGAACUGAGAAUACUUUAAGAGAAUGCUUUAAUAGCCUACUUUUACCAUCCUGCUGGAAAAACAAGUCCCUGUAUGUAAUUUAAUUAGUCAAUUUGCAGUUCUGUAAUCUCUUCAGACCACAAUCCUUUUUAUGCAUUAAAAAAUUACUGUUACAUAGUAUCAAUGUCGAUGAUGUAAUAAGUUUGUCCCAUCUACAUGAAAACUAUUGUUAUGUACCACCUUAGUCUUUUUGUUGUCUUGAUAAUUGUUUUUGAAAGUGCACACUAGAAAGUCAGGUUGCUGUCUGUAUAAUUUAAUGCAGCGGUGAGAAAUGACUAGACUAGACUCAAAAUGUCAAAAGUACAUUGUGUAUCUUCUGAAGCGUAGAAGUUUUGACAGAAGAUAAAUGCUGCAAUUUGAUUCUUUCUAUUGUCAUUUAAUUUAAAUCUGAUGUCUUGAAUCCUUCAUUGGUCUAAUGAUAUACCAUUGCUGGGUACAGUACAUUAAUUU